AGCACACCUGCAAGGACUUCCGAUGCACCCAGAACGAAUUCUGCAUCGAGACGGACCUGCUUUGUGACGGCGUGAAUCACUGCGGCGACGGCUCCGACGAGGCUACCUCCACCCUCUGUGCCAAUUCCGAGGCGUCGACUAUCCUGGGCAUGCAGACGAUCUGGUUCGCGGUCACGCUAGUUUUUCUGAUCCUCUGCGUCGCGGGAAUGGUCACGACGGUGACCCUCUGCUUCUGUAGGCAACGCGCCGCCACCCCUAGACAUCCACACAACGCGCACAACGCUCAGUCUCAUCCUCCAGUCAGCUUCCCAUGCAGUCUGUUGGUUACUAUCAUAAAUCAUGGAUGAGAAAAGUGAUGAAUAAUGAUUUAUAGUAAAUUAUAACAAUUUAGUAUAUAAAAGACUUGUAUAAUACACAUAAUUACAAAACUUGUUGAAAAAUGUUAUAUUUUUAUAAUAAUUAAAUACAUCUAAUAAUAUUUGAAUAUACGAGAGAGUAUGGCAUCGUGUCUUAAAGUUGUCGAUCUUUAACCGAUUGAAUUACGUUUAAUGAAUUUAGAAAGAUACGUCCCGAGAUGGACUUAAAAAACCGAAAGGAUACGAUAGAUGUAUUACCCCCGGUAUUUGCAGUUCGUGAAGUGUGCAUUAAUUUAAUUCGAAGAGCGUGGGUGUAUGCGAUGCGGAAACAGCGUUCACCGUUUUAGUAGUAUGUCAGGCACUAAUUUAUCAAAGCGGCGACUAAUUAAUUUGAGCACGGGAUUAAUUUAGCUGGGGCUCAGAGCUAAACUCAAUGAAAGUUCGCACACAAAAAUUGCUCGUACGGUACGUGCGAGAUAGUCGAUUCUUUCUUUUUACCAAGCGGGCAAAUCGAUAGAACGAAAUGCAUGCAUAAAACAAAACACGUGCAGUCAAAAGUAAAAAGGGUACCACGAACUAUUUAAUCCCUACACGUUAUCAAUAGUGCAAAAGAAAUGGUUUUAAAAAAUUCCUGUACUUCUUUUACGUUCUAUUAAAUUCUGUUCCUGUAUUGAAUUCCACUGAGCAUGGGUUUACCUUUUAUUUUGAUUUCCCUUUCAGAUUUUUUGAAACCUGACAUUUACAUCAAUUCAUGUUUUCGUAAA